AAUUGUGUUGAGUGUGACUGUUUUUGAAAAUGAGACAGGUAGUGUCUUUAAUGCUUUUAUAACGUAUUCGACCGCGAUACUUCUAGGGAAAGAAGCGAGUGAGACAACAAUACACGUUUACUGAAUUCUUCCAACAAUCUCAUCUCAAAGGUCUUUUUUAAACGAAUAACCUUUCGUUUGUCUGUUUUAUUUUAUUUUUCUUUACCUCUUUCGUUUUUUACUUCCUUGCAAAAAUUUGCUUUUUUCUGUAAAAAGAAACGCGUUGUUGUCUAAUAUCGGCCAUCAAUGAGUCAACAAACGCGUCCUGCCAAAUCUGUUGAAGGGUACAUUAUCAUCGUCACUGGCUUGCAUCCAGAGACUUCUGAAGAGCAACUUGAAGAUUUGUUUGCUGAUUUUGGUCCUGUUAAAAAUCUGCAUUUGAAUUUGGACCGACGAACGGGCUAUGUCAAAGGAUAUGCAUUGAUCGAGUAUGCUGAACUAGAGCAAGCUGAAGAGGUUGUUCGUCAAAAGUCUCUAAUGCUAUUAGACAGGAAAUUGGAAGUUGACUUUGCUUUUUUGGAACCUCCAGUACGUCCUCGUAGAACCUCUUUGGAUUCUCGCAGUCGUAGUCCUUCACCUCGACCUAGUCGCCAGGAUCGUGAUAUUACUAUGGAAGAAUCGUAGUGCAUGGCGAAAGAAACAGUUUAAAAGGUUUUGCUAUUGUGAUUUAUGGAUCCCAUUCAUUCGGUAAUGAUGUCAACAAAAGUUCGUUUUAUAAAAAUGCUUAUACGAGUACACAAGUAGUACUAGUGUUCAAAAAAGGAUUGAAAUGUUCUCACUUUGGGUGAAGACGAAGUGUUGAAAACCGGAAAUUUUUGUAAUAAUUGCAAUCACAGAAGAAAGCAUAAAGUUCAUAAGGUACUUUGUUGUCAUUAGUCUGAUUUACAACAUGCUUAAAACGAACGCUUACCGAACUUCCAAGGAAGUAAAUUCACCUCUUUGUUUGAUCAUUGGAAAAAAAAUAAACGAAAUAGACGAGGGAUUGGUCCGGUGUAUGUUUUUAUCCCACACGCAAGGUUUGAAUAAUGAAGGCUUUACGGAUAAAGUUCUUCUUCUCUGUUACAGUUGUUGUUUUUUUAUAGAAAUCUUUUUAUGAUUGUUUGAAUGCUUUAAUAAGUACAGAAGCUUCGAAAUAUAUAAUCAAUGUCUGUUGAUGAAUAUGUCUGGUGAUAAUUAUAGGAACAGGCCCAACAAGUAUCCCCAAAUAAAAGAUUUCUGCUGUUGGUAAUCAAUAUUUGUUUAUAAUUGAACUAGAAUGAACCCC